AUGGAUUGUCACGUGGAGUCUCAGAAUCACACAUUUUCGCACUCAUCUCGUCUAAACAUGGUUAAACACAUGUUUUCAGUUGGAGAAUUGGCUUUUAUCAAGAUGAAGAAUGAGCUUUGUCUUGUAUUUAUACAUUAUUUGUCGCAAAAACUCGUUUUUUGUGCCUGCACUGGCACUGAAGUAAAAGUAGUACCCGUUGGUCUAUCCGCAAUUGAUAGUGAAUCGAUUUAUCACGACUACAAAUCACAUCAACUUCACUGCAAUAUGAACAGAGGUACAUUAAUCAAUUUGAACAAUGUCCAUGGUUAUUAUAUACCCAUGUACUUCAUAUCAUUUCCAGGAUACAGGAAAAAAUGUUCUAAAUUCUUUCGCUUUUGGGUCAAAGAAUGCGAUCUCAUCCCUUAUCAUAGCGUUAGGAAUAGAUUGGCUAACAAACUAAUUCACAAACUUGAAGAUAUAAGUCAGACAUUAAAGGAAUCGCUCAGUGGCUGUGAAGUAGAUAACAUUGAUAACUAUGUAUAUAAUAUGAAACAUAGGACGGUUGAUGUUUCUAAACAAUUAUUGAGUGGUGUUAAUUGUAUAACAACACUGCCUUGGGUGAUUAGUGACUGGAUGAAGCAGUUUAUGAAUGAGGAAUGGGAGAGAAUUGUGAAUAUUGAUUGGGGCAUGGAUAUUUUUUGCAAUUUUGUUUGGCAAUCGCCCCAACUAGAUCAGUAUGAAAGGGUUUUUAAGCAAUUAAAACUUGUUAAACAGUAUACUAAUGUGCCCUUUUAUCGCAAAUUUAAUGCCAGGUCCGUUGCAAAUGAAUUCAAGUUUUACAUACUCUUACUGGCAAAAAUAUUGCUCAGAACUAGUAAAAAGCAAGUAAGGUUGUGGAAUAAACAAAUAAAAAUUAGUUAUCAAUGCUUUUUGACGUUCUAUGUGAAUCAACUUUACUGGAUAGAUCUAUUACUUGAUUGGUUCGAUGUACACUUUAUUGACAAUUGCUGUUAUUGCAAAGAGGAGAGAUUGUUUUUAAUUGCUUUGUUAGAUAGAUAUCAACAGGUUCAGUUCCACAAAUCAAAUGCAAAUGAAGGAAAUGGUAAAAGUGAUUAUAUGUCCAAUCUGUUACAAGCUUCCAUGAAUUCCAACUUUGAAGACUGGAAAAUGAAGCCUAGUGAUCUCCUAGGUGCUAGUCAUUUGGCACGGCUAUUGUGUUAUCCAGUAUAUUACAAUAAUUAUUUGAGCAAAUUAUGUGUUAAUGGUGUGAAUAUAGAAGGGAUAUGCUUGCCGAUUUAUCAACUAUUCCUCUACUUUCUUUCAUACUAUCUUAGAGAUUACACUAUAGCGCAGGAUUAUAAUCUUGAAUAA